AAACUAAAGCAGAACUUUAAAGUUCCCCCAGCUGCUUGGAUUUACUGGUUUCCAGUCUGAGGCUCAUCAGAGUUAUUGAAGCUCCGCCCACUCCGGUGACCUCACAGGGACACCUUCAGCUAGACCUCAGUGUACCAUAAUGACCUCCACACCUGACAGUGACACCAAGAAGAGGCCAGAAGAAGAGGAAGAUGAAGAUGAGGAGGAAGAGGAGGAAGGAUGGAGUCUUCCUCCCACCUCCAUGAAAACUUCAGAGGACGACAGAACCAGCCAAUCAGAUGCCGGCGAGAAACCUGCAGCAGGUCAGAGCAUCGGCUGGGACUCCGCGGAGGAGGCGGGAAUCACCCUGUCUGACUCUACUAGGGAGGAGUUGCUAUGGCAACAACGGAAGGAGGAGGACGAAGAGGAGACGAAGGCGGUGGGCUCAUCGCCUGAUGGACGAUUCCUGAAGUUCAACAUCGAGAUCGGGCGAGGUUCCUUUAAGACGGUUUACAAAGGCCUGGACACGGAGAAGACGGUGGAGGUGGCAUGGUGCGAGCUGCAGACUCACCGUCUGACCAGAUCCGAGCGUCAGCGCUUCAGUGAGGAGGUAGAAAUGCUAAAAGUUCUGCAGCAUCCCAACAUCGUCAGGUUCUUUGACUCUUGGAAGUCCACCAAAUGCAUCAUCCUGGUGACGGAGCUCAUGACAUCUGGAACUCUGAAAACGUACGUUCGAAGGUUCCGGCCGAUGAAGCUGAAGCUGCUGCAGAGAUGGAGCUUACAGAUCCUAAAAGGUCUUCACUUCCUGCACUCACGCUCUCCACCAAUUCUGCACCGAGACCUUAAGUGUGACAACAUCUUCAUCAAUGGACCCACCGCCUCGGUUAAGAUCGGAGACCUUGGGCUGGCGACACUCAAGAAGGCCUCGUUUGCCAAGAGUGUCAUUGGAACUCCUGAGUUCAUGGCCCCAGAGAUGUACGAGGAGAAGUACGAUGAAGCAGUGGACAUUUACGCCUUUGGAAUGUGCAUGCUGGAGAUGGCCACGUCAGAAUAUCCGUAUUCUGAAUGUAAGAAUGCGGCUCAGAUCUACCGCAAAGUCACCAAUGGAAUCAAACCGGAUAAUUUUUUCAAAGUACAAGUCCCAGAGCUGAAAGAGAUGAUCGAGGGCUGCAUUCGAACCGACAGCAGCGAGAGGUUUACGGUUCAUGACCUGCUGGAGCACCGCUUCUUCCAGGAAAAGACAGGAGUCUACGUGGAGCUGGGCGAGGAAGAUGAUGGUACAAAGGCGGCGCUGAAACUCUGGCUCAGGGUGGACGACAAAAAGAAACUUCGAGGCAAAUACAAAGACAACAACGCCAUCGAGUUCCUGUUUGAGCUGUACAAGGACGUCCCUGAGGAGGUGGCUCAGGAGAUGGUGAUUCUAGGAUUCGUGUGCAAGGCAGAUUACAAGGUGAUUGCCAAGGCGAUCAGAAACCGAGUGACUGCCAUAAAACGAGAGCGGGACAAAAAGCGCCGCCUCCUGGAGGAAGCCAUGAACAACCUCAAGGCAGCUGUUGAUAAGAAGGCAACUGAAGCAGCCGCCGAACAAUCGGAGGUUUCCCAUCAAAAACCUGCAUCUGCUGCUGGAAGGAUCAGUAAUCAGAAUGAAGUUUCUGCUGAUGUUCAAGUCCCGCUCAGGGCACCAAUGCCCGCGGGGACGUCGGUGGCGAGUAGCAGCCCUGCAGAUUCUGGAAUCAGCAUCAUUUCCAGCAAAGCAGGAGAAGGAGAUGAGGAGGAAGACAAGACAACCAAACAAGCAUCUUUCUCCUCAGCUGCCUCUGACGGCGAGACAGGAAACUCCUUCAACCCCUCCACAGUACCUGCCGACGCCCCUCCUCCUCCUCAAAACCCCGCCCCUGUUCCACAGACUCCUCCUCCUGUAAACCGUUCAGCUUCCAAACCCCCGCCAUUCCCUGUGUUGCGCUUCCCAAAGAGCAUUGCUGUGUCCCAAAGUGCUGGGACCCCUCCUGUUGAUUCUCCAUGGGGGUUCUCUUCCCCUGUUGACAGCUACUCCUCUGACAUAACCUCAGGUCUGAGUGACGGAAACGACGCCCAGUCCGAUUGGAGCAAACAGGAAGUGGCUAAAAGAGAGGCCACAAAGCAGUUCAGACGCAGAGCCAGAGCUCGGCUGAGGAUCAUAGGGGUGUCCGAUAAGGUGGACCGGGUGGUGGAGUGUCAACUGCAGACUCACAACAACAAGAUGGUGACCUUUAAGUUCGACCUGGAUGGAGACAAUCCAGAGGACAUCUCAUCUGUGAUGCUCCUUAGAGACUUCAUCAUGCCAUCUGAGAGGGAGGGGUUUGUUCUACGCAUGUAUGAAAUCAUCAAGAGGGCGGAGCUAAUGAUCCAUCAGCAGCAUCCAGGAGAUUCAAACAGGCAGCCCCACCUGAAUGCCUCCACCCUGCAUGAAUCGCAGUUAAAAGAAGCAAAUGAUCUGUCCAGAGCCAUGUCCACGUCCUCUUUACCUGAUAUUGAAAAUAGUGACCCCUCCCCUCUCAAAGCUGUGGAUUUCCACAUCGACACUGAGGCCACACCCCCCGUCAGGCCACUGAGGUCACAGUCUUUCCAGACCCCAUCAGCAUCCUUUUAUCAGCCCCCACAGUACCCCCAAAACUAUCCCCCAGACUCCAACUCUACUCCCCGACCUCAUCUCACACCUGCUGCUCAAUACCACCUCCCAACUCACCCCUAUUCAACUUACACUGCUUCCUUCCCAACUUUUUCCCCCAUCCCCCGACUCCCCCGGGUCCAGAGUAACCCUGCCCUCUUCCCCCCCACCUCCUCUCCACCAACUCCUCCUCCUCACCAGUGGCCCUCUCAAGACCAGCCCAUUUUUUCUCUGGCCAAUGUCCUGUCUGUGGCAAUGAGUGUAGCUCAGUCCCUCAUGCCCCAAUCUGGGGUCCCCAACCAGGCCUUAUACCCCCAGAGUCCACCUAUAUCUCCCCCAUUUCCUUACCCACAGACUGCCCCCAAUUCUUCUGCAUCUCCAUCUUUGGGCUCUAGUCUCCAUCAUCAAAACAAAGCCUCCUUUUCCAAUUCCUUUCCCAUACAACCGUCCUACUCUCCUGCAACACUUCAGGCAGGCUCAUCUAGGGGAACCCAGCAGGAAACAUCACCCAGCACCACCCAAAAAAACGCUCAGCUCAGGAAUUCUGCGCCUCCUCAUGGUUCAGGGAUACCAUCUUCUCCCAGUCUGACCACUACUUCUGAUCCCAGAGAAGAGUUUUCUGACUCAUCAACUUCUUCCACUUCCUCUCCUCAUACAUCAACUCCUCGCAAAAUGGCAGGCUCAUCUAGGGGAACCCAGCAGGAAACAUCACCCAGCACCACCCAAAAAAACGCUCAGCUCAGGAAUUCUGCGCCUCCUCAUGGUUCAGGGAUACCAUCUUCUCCCAGUCUGACCACUACUUCUGAUCCCAGAGAAGAGUUUUCUGACUCAUCAACUUCUUCCACUUCCUCUCCUCAUACAUCAACUCCUCGCAAAAUGGUGUCCCCUCCAGUUUCUCCAUCAGGAAGAAUGUCCCCUACCCUUAAAGUGAAAACAACAAUGUUCACAGUUGGUCGCUUCCAAGUGUCACCUUCUCAGAGAGGUCCUCCCCUCCAUCAUCAGGAGGCAUCUCCCCGAGACCAGGCUGCUACCACAACAUCCCCCCAACUUCUAUCCAGUAAGAAUCAACCAGAGAGCAACACAGGAAGCAGUACAGAGGGCAGCCAAUCAGAGAACAGCAACCCCACAGUUACCUUCUCUUCAGCUGGUGUCCAUGACAGCCUGUCUGGUCAGGAGGGGAAGAAGUCAGGCAGUCGCAGGCUGAGUGUCAGCCUGUGGGAGGGGCCAGGAAGCAGCUUCAGCCAAUCGCGGAGCCGGUCGGCCACCUACAGCUCUGAUGAAUCAGAGGGCGAAGAGAUGUGGGAGGAGCUAAUAGAGCUUCGUCAAAGACACCUGGGUCAGGUGCAGAGCCUGCAGGUGAGUCAGAAGCGAGAGAUUGAGGAGCUCUAUCGCCUAAAGGGUAAAGUCCCACCCCCUGGCAUUGUCCCUCCGGCUGCCAUGUUGAAGCAUCGCCAUCGCCGCUUGUCCAACUCCGGAAUGUACGGCCUCCCACGUAGAAACAGCCUGCAGAAACUGGACCCACUGCCCCCUUCAGGCAUCAUGAGGAAGGGCUCGGUCAGUGGCAGCAGCAGUGGAUCUCAGGACAGAGUUCUGAAGGGAGUGACCUUCGCUCCAGGACACAGCUGCAUGUGAGAGAGGAGCUGACGAAAACAUAAAGACCAUCACAGCUGUGGAAACGGAUGAAGAUGUAAUAAACAGUCUGACGUCAUGAUGGGGAUUUUUCAGCUCUGGAGAUAAAAUGAGCUUUAUGCAGAUGCAACCUGCUGGACUUUCAGAGCCACAGACCAGCUAAAUCCCAACAGAAGGUCUGAGGAUGUAGAAGAAAGGAAGGGAGCUCUAAGAUGAUGUUCAGUAUCAUGAAGUUUGUCAUGGAAUCGCAUUUAAGAUAUUUAUUUAUAAGAUUAUAAACAUCUCAAAGAUGAA